UAUGUACUUGUAACUAUUUACUCGUAUCGUUUCAUCCGUACUAGUGCAUAUCUCGAUCAUUUUGCGCGGAGGAAAAGAGGGAAGAGAAAUUUUAGACAAAAAAUUUAAUACAAAAACUUGAACCUUGGAUUGGUUAGUGAAAUAAUUACAAAUCCCGCGAAUAAAGCUGAAAAUGUUAGUUGAUAACAGAGACUAUCGAAAACAAUACAAACGCGAACAGGUUAGGAAGAAACGUAAAGAAAAGGCUGAAAAGAAACUGGAAAAAAUAAUCCACUUGCAAAAAUAUAAUAAACAAAAAUCUGAAAAAAGGAAGGAAGCAAAAAAUAAAUUUGUCGAUGAUGCUGAAGAUUGUAAGGAAUCUGAAAAAAAUCUUACACAAGAUCUAACCGUAAACCCAAUGCAACCUCGGUAUGCAUUACGCAAAAGUACAUUGAAUGAAGAUAUACUUGCAGAUAUGAGUCGGCAAAACAUGAAUACUUCUGCGAUUAAGAAUAAAAAAUCUACAACGAAAACCCCUUUGUGCGAGGCACUCAGCUUGCUGGCCUCAUGGAAUCUGCAAAACCUCUGCAAGAAAUUUAAAGGACAAAAGGUUUGCACUGUGGCAUUCCGAUAUUUGACGGAUGACGACAUCUGUGAACUAAUUCCAAAUAUUGGACCCCGUGCUAUAUUUCGUUCGCAUCUUUUGGCCUGGCGACAACAGCAAGAAAUGAAAAAAGACGGCCACGUUAUUUUACUAAACAGCGAUCAAGUGGAUACAACAAUUGCCAUCAAAAACGAACUUCCAGAAAUAACUCCAGAAGAAGAGCACGCGAUUAAUAUGUAUGAGGACGCUAAAAAAGAGAGCGAGUUGUACGAAGAUAGCGACUCCAAAACUGUAUCGGUGAUGUGCGAGUCAAAAUGUGAUUGAAAGGACGUCUUCUUCGAAAAAAAAACACUUGGUAUGUAGGCGAAAAUAAUCGCACGCACUAACAGAAGUACAUAUCGUCGCCUGAGUAAAAGAUUGUCGUAUGUUACUAUCGACAGGUGUUAGGAAAUCGAUGUUAAAGAUUCAGGCACAAUUUUUCAAAAGCUGUGCAGUCGUUUUUUGCCAAAAUUUAAUGCUUGAAAUUUUAAACUUUUUAAUCAGAUUUCUUAGAAUGUUGCAGUCCUUUGAAUUCUAGUAAAAGCAAUGCAAGUUCGGAGUUAGUCAAAAAUCGCACUAAUUUUUGAGAAUUUGUUUUGUUGAA